CGCCAGAGAGGAAAAGGAACGCGCUGUAACGGAGAAAAAGCGUUCAUGUAAACCGCUAUCUGCAUGCGAGAGCCAAUACCCAGUGAGCCCGACAGUAAACCACCACCAUGUGAUUUGCGCGGACGUUUCGUACAUUGUUCAGAGGGAUGAGCUUUGAUGCCGUCAUCACAUCACUGCUUCUUACCCGUGUGUGUGUGCGCGCUGCGGACAGAUUUCUCGUUUUUCCCACGCAGCGGAUGUCACCAAAAGCAACGUGAACUUGGUUGCAACAUCACUUUACAGUACAACAAGGUCGCCCCACGGGAUAAACCUCGUCUGUCCGGGCAGGCUGUCGGGAGAAGCCUGCACCCAUUAUAUCUAAACCACUGUGGAUACAAUCUUCUGAAAUGAAAGAGGGAAAAGGAUGAGGUCUGUGUGGACAUGAGAGGACCAAGGAGCAUGUGAAGAUGUCCCAGAAGGCAACUAAAACAUGGUGCCUUAGGCUUCUCCCAGUUCUCCUCUUCUUCAUCUCCUUCGUCACAUACUACUGUUCCAAUGGCAUACUUCAGAGCUAUGGAGGCACCAGCAAGUCUCUGAACAGUAGCAAGUCGCUAUGUGGCGGCUGGCUAACGCAGAAGAAGUGGGAGAGCCUGAACUUUAACAUUAGCAGACGGACGCAGCUCUUUCUGAAACUGGAGGAUUUCUUCUGGCGGGAGCAUCUGUCCAAGCUGGCAUUACCUUAUGGCAUUAAGGGCAGUGAGCUGCUGCUAUUGAAAGUUCUCGCUGUAACUGCAAAUUAUCAGGUGCCAGCCAACAUUGAAAACCUUGAAUGCAGAACCUGUGUAGUCAUCGGCAACGGCUUUGCCAUUAAAAACAGCUCCCUGGGAAGCAUCAUCAACAAAUAUGACGUGGUCAUACGGUUGAAUGAUGCCCCAGUGAGAGGCUAUGAGGAAGACGUGGGGAACAAGACCACCAUGAGGUUCUUUUACCCUGAGUCGGCCUCCUACAACCCUGGACUGCACAAUGAGCCCGGCACACUUAUGGUCCUGGUGCCUUUCAAACAGCAAGAUCUGCGGUGGCUCAAAGAGAUCCUCUACAAUGAGAAGAGGGUCAGGAAAGGCUUUUGGAAGCCCCCUCCCCAAAUCUGGUUGGCUGACGUCAGCAAAAUCAGAGUGCUGGACCCACACUUUUUGCACCAGACUGCAGAUAGACUGCUCCAGAUCCCUCUGCACCCCAAGAGCAAACAGCCAGUGCAUCCUACCACGGGUAUCCUCGCUGUCUUCGUUGCUCUCAACUACUGUGAUGUGGUCCACAUAGCUGGAUUUGGAUACCCGAACUCAAAGAGCCAACGACACCCCAUCCAUUACUAUGGAUACGACACCAUGAAGUCCAUGAAGAACUCUUACCACGACCUCAACCAUGAAGCUGAAGCCUUAAAAAAACUGGAGGAUUCGGGAGCCAUUUUGUACCUGCACCCACAUCUGUGAUGCGCAUCGUCCACCGGUUCAGUUCGAUCCAAAUAAAAUGAUUCUACACCAAAUUGCAUUUGAAUUUGUUUUAGGUCAUUUGACCUGAAUCAGAUGUUAAUGUGCCUUCUGUGGUGGGAUACGGAACAUUGUGCUGUUGCAGUAAAUCAUUAUGUGGUGACACGGAGAGGAACGUUUUACCUCUGUGGCACAUGGGAAGUGGUUUAACUGCUUUAAACAGGUGCUCAUUGGCAUAAAAUGUGGUAAUGUGGUUCAGCAUUUUGCAUAACUUUUGUAACUUUUGCGGGUUUGAGCCACAACUGAAUUCAGAGGACACAACUGAUAAUGUGGUGACCCAGCUGUCUGUCUGUGUCAACCCAGCAAACAAGUUGCAUCUGUUUACGUUUGAUCUUGGAUGAUUCCAGACUUUGAUACUGUUCUUAAGGCCUUGUAAUGGUAUGCUGGGGUUUGUUGCUGGCACAUUGCAGAAAUCAAGCAUUUUAGGUUUUCCUCUCAGAUGGGGGAUCUUUUGUCCGGAGGUCUAGUAAGUCUUGAUUAUAUCCUGUACGCUCACUGUGGUGUGAGGUUCGUUUUCCAGUCAGAUAUUUUAUUUCUUCUUAAUUUAAAAUCGGUUUUUCAGCACAGAGGUAUUUUUAGAGGCUGGGGGGGGGGGGGAUUUGCUUUUACUUUACAUUUUAGCUAAAUAAAUGGAAAAUGGAUUGCUCACAAACGUACAAAUUUAGACUCACUUUGCUUUUAGAUUUCAUGGACUGGAAAUGCCCGUAUUUUUGCUCAUUUGUUACAUUUUGAGUACAUUAAUUGUCUCAGUCAUUUAAUUUAUUUCAGUGUUUUUUUUUUAAAUUCAUAUGGUACCACUGGAUAUUUUGUAAUGUACAGAAUGAGAUGCAUUUUUAAUUAAAAGGUGACAAACAUGAA